AUGACGGGAUUCAAAUCGUUGAAUUGCAUUCUUUGCAAUGGGCCGUUUGUCUCGGUCGCAAAACAGGCUCGAUCUUCACGGGAUUUGCAAUAUGGAUUGGCAAUGUGCAGCGAAUGUUUCGAGAAUAUAUUGCGGACGACAUGUUUCACUGCAUCAAAUGUAUUUCGAAGAUUUGUGGAACUUGUGCAUAUAAGAGCCAUUGUGGACACAACUCAUUCACAUUGUUGGAAAAGGAGGCGUGUGAACUAUCCG